CCAACAGAGUUAUGCUGCUCUUGAUGCAUUCAGCGAGAACAAGUCAUAAUUUUUUUAGUGUAUUCUAAUAUUGUUGGUCAAGUAGGCCAUUUUCUUGCUCAAACGUUGAGCUCUAAAUCACUAAAUACAGCCUACUGAACUUGUUACAUGAACAUGAGUUGCUAUAACGGAAGGACCCUUGAUGAUAUUACAGGCAAAUUUCUUCCUACUGACUAUUUUUCAGCUAUGGAGCCAUACUUUAAUGAACUUGAAUCUUAUCAACAGAUUUCUAAUCCUUUCAUUCUCUCUUCAAUUCAUCAAGAUAAUCUAAGCCUUCUCUACAAUGCAAACGACUCAAACUUUCAAUCAACAUGUUCUGCAAAUUUGGCAGACGUUAUUCCUUCUCAAUCUUCCAUGUUCCCCAUCAACAUGCAAGAACAAUACCCAUCAACUGGUGACAUUCAUAAUCAAGAGCCUACAAGCAAAAAUUUUGAGUCUAUUUUGCUCAAUGAUGAUACAAGCUACAAGCUGGAUGAAAGUUUUGAUUCCGAUGUAGUUAUGGACGCUCUCCUAUCAGACACAGUGAAUCAAUCAAGUGAAACUCACUAUAUGAAUGUAGAAAUCAAUGAAGCAAACUUAGAGGCUGAAAAGUUUUUAUCUCCCUUUGAGUUAUCUAAGAUACAUACCUUCUCUCAAAAAGAGUUACCUAACAUACGUAGAGUUGAAGUUGCCAAGCCAAGAAUGCGAUGGACUCCAGAACUACACGAACGCUUUGUACAGGCUAUCAAUCAACUCGGUGGUCCUGAUAGAACAACACCGAGGAGCAUUCUCAUAAAAAUGGGCAUUGACGGAAUAACUGUAGAUCAUGUCAAAAGUCACCUGCAGAAAUAUCGUCUUGCAAAAUAUCAACCAGAAGCUAAACAAGAUAAGAGGGUUUCUUGCUUAGAAGGAAAGAAAAGGAAUUCAAAUGAGAAGGACAACAAAGUCUCAAAACUGUCAAGUGAAGAAUUGGGAAUGCUUCAAACACAAUGGCAGCUUCAAAAGACACUUCAUGAUCAACUUAAGAUUACAAGGGAAUUGCAUCUGCAAACCAAAGAAAAUGCCAGGCGAUUUCAAGAGUUUGUCGAAAAUCAAAGUAAGCUGCAAGAGGCAUUCAUGCAGGCAACUCAGUCAUUGUCUUCAACAUAUACUUCAGUGGAUGAUGGACUUCUCAAUCAUAACCAUACAGACGAAAGUUGCUUUGUGGAGUCAAAUGGCCUGCGGUUGGCCAAAAAGGCAAGGUUUAAUUAAAAGAAGAUACUCAGAGCGUCAGCGUUGCCGUUUAAGCAAUGAUUACGUCAUGCAGCCUGAGUUGAUAAUCCAGUGUACGUAAAUGCGUUCUGAUUUGUACAGGUGUUCAACUAGAGUACACGUGAGUUAAGACACUAGCUUUAAAGAUACAGCCUUUUCAUCUUAGAAGAAAUUUAUAUUAAUUAUAUUAAUGUAAAAUUCUAUUUGUUCAUUGCAUUACUUAUGAUAUACUAUGCAUAUCUCAUUAUAUGCGCAACUAUC